UGGCAGAGGUGUAAAUAUUCCGAUAUUGAAGGCGAAAAACUGGCCUCUUAUAGUUUGACUCACGACAUAGCGCUAGUAAAGCUGAAUGCUCCAGUGUCUUUCAAUGACGGAAUCCAACCAGCUUGCCUGCCUCAUCUAGGUUGGGAAGUGAAGCCUGGAUGGCACUGCUAUACUACAGGAUGGGGAGAAACCAAAGGAUCGGGAUCUUCAGACGUACUCAAACAAGUGCCACAAAUCGUGCAACAUCCAGACGACUGCCAAUUCGAUAAUGAAACACAAAUCUGCGUAGAGAAAGAACAAAACUCUCCAUGCCACGGUGAUAGCGGAGGACCACUUGUAUGCAGGCUAGCUGGCCAAUGGUAUAUAAUGGGUGCUACUAGCCAUGGCACUGGCAAUAAUUAUAUGAGCGGCCUUUGUGCCAUGCCAGACAGCAAGAUUGUUUUCUCUAAAGUGGCUGAUAAAGGAAACUGGAUUCGACAGAUAAUUGAUAUGAACAGCUGAAGGAACUAUCACAGUUUUUGUUAUGUCUGAUUAAAUAAAUAAAAUUUGAAUAUUUCUUUAAAGA